AUGUACCCCCCCAGAUGGAAGACCAGCCCCAGGAGGGAAGAGCCUGUCUUGUGUACUACUUUUACUGUCACUACUACUAUUGUGUCUACCACCACCACAAUCCACGAUGAACGACUGUUAUGGCCUGAUAUCCGCACGAAAGGGAAAUGGCCAAGCGCGCAAUCUUCUUCCUCCUCGGACAAGAGGAAUCCUCGGUUGACACAAGUCGGCCGGUCAAAGACAAAGAUUCGCUGGUCCCCGGACAAAUCAUCGUUGAUGGCUUUUCAGAGGACCGCGAUGAAAGCCGAGACCCAAAGACCCAAGUCACUGGAGACGACGACUUGUUCCCGGAAUCAAAAGACCUGCUAUCUUUGCUGUUUUCUCCAUCGGAUCAGGCCACAUUACGGUCGGAAAUCAGAUCUGGGGCGGUCGGGCCAGGGGGUCUGUCACGAAGAAAAAGUUUAUGCACCCAGUCUAAUUAAUGUGUACACCAACCUCUCGAUUUUCGUUCUUUUUUGCGUUAGAUCCUCGAUAAUCAACUUGGCUAACACGCCCUUGGCGUUGGGUCACAGAUGCCGCAGUCGCCAAACUUUCCGCCCUCUACGGGUACCGCGCAUGGGGGUGGUGGGAGUGCUACGGCGGCCUCCCUGCAGCCCACCACCACCACCACCACCGCCCGUAGGCUGUCCGCCGCGGACUCCUCAGCCACUGGUGGUGCAGGCAAGCGAUCAUCGUUGCCGCCCGGCUUCCGGCCACUCGGUCACUACCUUCAACACCAGCAUGGCCAGUACAAUGCCUCUCCGCUGCAGCGAGCUCUGA